CGGGCGCUGCCUGAGGGGCCUCGUCGGGACGGUGUCGCCGUAGCCGGCCGCCGGUGGGGGACACGGGACCGGGAGGUCAGGGCCCUGCGCUCGUCCCUUGCCCCGCUCUGUGGGAAGGGCUGGGGCUGCGCUCAGGCCCGCCGCAGGGAGGCCGGCUCCUCCCGCGGCGGCCGGGCUCCCCCGCUCCCCUUCUCCCGAGGUCGGGCCCCUUGAGGGUGUCGGGUUCCGCUGCUGCCGGGCCGCCUCUCGCAGCUGCUCCGGGUAGAAGCUCAGGCGUUGCGCUUUCCUCCUCGAACGCGGUUGUAUAGGCCUGGCCUGAGGGACCGCCGGUGUCUCGGCGGCCGGGGGUGGCUGGCAGCGGUCGCGGCGGGUCGGUUCCCCCCGAGUCGGCCGUGCGGGGCCCGGCGCUGCCGGCCCGGCUCACCUCGGGUGUCAUCGGGGCGAGUCCUGCCGCCACAUGCUGCGGGACUGCCAGACCCGCACCGGCUCCGAGUUUGAAGACUCUAUAUGCAAGAUGUCUUCAACUGUUUGUACUCGAAGCAGCUGAGAAAAACUGGAAUUCAAGAUGAGAACCAACAAGGUGUACAAGCUCGUCAUACAUAAGAAGGGUUUUGGAGGCAGUGAUGAUGAACUGGUGGUGAAUCCUAAAGUAUUUCUUCAAAUCAAGCUGGGAGAUGUUGUCGAAAUUGCACAUCCCAAUGAUGAAUACAGUCCCCUGCUUCUACAAGUGAAGUCACUUAAGGAAGAUUUGCAGAAAGAAACUAUAAGCGUGGAUCAGACAGUUGCACAAGUUUUCCGACUGCGGCCAUACCAGGAUGUCCAUGUGAACGUUGUUGACCCAAAGGAGGUGACCUUGGACUUGGUGGAGCUGACCUUUAAAGAUCAGUAUAUUGGGCGCGGGGAUAUGUGGCGACUGAAGAAAAGUUUGGUCAGCACAUGUGCGUAUGUCACCCAAAAGGUUGAAUUUGCGGGCAUCAGGGCGCAGGCAGGUGAACUGUGGGUAAAGAGUGAGAAAGUCACCUGUGGAUACAUCAGUGAGGACACCCGGGUGGUCUUCCGCUCCACUUCUGCCAUGGUUUAUAUUUUUAUCCAGAUGAGCUGUGAAAUGUGGGAUUUUGAUAUUUAUGGGGACCUAUACUUUGAGAAAGCUGUGAAUGGUUUCCUUGCUGACCUCUUCACAAAAUGGAAGGAGAAGAAUUGCAGCCAUGAAGUGACAGUGGUUCUAUUUUCUAGAACAUUUUACGAAGCAAAAUCUAUAGAUGAGUUUCCUGAAACACAUCGUGCAUCAAUUCGUCAGGAUCAUGAGGGAAGAUUUUAUGAAGAUUUUUACAAAGUUGUAGUUCAGAAUGAGAGACGAGAAGAGUGGACUUCGUUGCUUGUGACCAUUAAAAAGCUUUUCAUCCAGUAUCCUGUGUUGGUACGACUAGAGCAAGCAGAGGGCUUUCCUCCAGGUUGCAAUUCUACCUCAGCACAAGGGAACUACCUGGAGGCCAUAAAUCUUUCAUUCAAUGUGUUUGACAAGCAUUACAUAAACCGGAACUUUGAUCGGACUGGCCAGAUGUCUGUGGUUAUCACACCCGGUGUGGGUGUAUUUGAAGUUGAUCGACUCCUUAUGAUUCUAACCAAACAGCGGAUGAUAGACAAUGGGAUAGGUGUGGACUUGGUAUGCAUGGGAGAGCAACCAUUGCAUGCUGUACCGCUCUUCAAGCUCCAUAAUCGCUGUGGACCUGGCGACUCCAGAUUGGGUGAUGACUACAAUAUUCCACACUGGAUAAACCAUAGUUUCUACACGUCCAAGAGCCAGCUCCUGUGUAACAGCUUCACUCCACGGAUCAAGCUGGCAGGAAGGAAACCACUGACUGAGAAAGCAAAAAAUAACCGAGACGCCUCAUUAGGGGCUCCAAAAGAUGCCGAGAAUGCCCUGCCUAUCCAGGUGGAUUACGAUGGCUAUGAUGCCCAGGUGUUCAGACUGCCAGGCCCAUCCAGAGCCCAGCGCUGUACCACUUUCAGCAGGUCUGUGAGGGAGAGAGAAAGUCGUACCAGAAAGAGCUCUAGUUCCUAUGACGUCUCAUGCAGCCCUUCUCUGCAGAGCCGCACGCUGCCCCCAGAGGAGGUGAGGAGCCAGGCUUCUGAUGACAGCUCGCUGGGCAAGAUCUCCAACAUCCUGAUGAUCCCACGGCCUCAUCUGCACCAGUGUGAAGUCAGCAGCUCUUUGGGCUAUACCAGCACCAGAGAUGUCCUUGAGAACAUGCUGGAGUCUCAGCAACGUGACUCCAGUGCCCCUGGGAGGUUCCACGUUGGCAGUGCAGAAUCCAUGCUGCACAUCCGGCCUGGGGGAUACACGCCCCAGCGGGCACUGAUAAACCCCUUUGCCCCAUCCCGCAUGCCCAUGAAACUCACAUCUAACCGGAGGCGCUGGAUGCACACUUUUCCUGUGGGUCCCUCGGGAGAAGCUAUCCAGAUCCAUCAUCAAACCCGUCAGAAUAUGGCAGAAAUGCAGGGCAGUGGGCAGCAGGAUUUGACACAUUCCUCUGCUGAGCUGCUGGAGCUGGCUUACCAUGAGGCAACUGGCAGACAUGUCAGCUCUCGGCAUCCAGGUGACAGUGCCUCUUUCCUGAGCUUCAGCGGAACAGAAGAGUAUUCUAAUGGUCUGGCUGGCAGCAACGGUGCAGGGAUGAACCUCAAAACUCAGAACAGGGAUUCCUUGGAAGAUGCUGUCUCUAACUCUCCGGAUCCAAAAAGAGGCUGGUCUGUCGUUCUUUCUCUCCUCGUCCCCAGCUCCUCCUGCAGUUGUCUAGGAUGCAAAGCUGUGCCAGGCUUCUGUUGUACAGUUGGAGUGGACUGGAAAUCUCUCACUACUCCGGCGUGUCUCCCUCUUACCACGGACUACUUCCCCGACCGUCAGAGUCUGCAAAAUGAUUACACUGAGGGUUGCUAUGAUCUCCUCCCAGAAGCUGACAUUGACAGGAGAGAUGAGGAAGGAGUGCAGAUGACAGCCCAACAGGUGUUUGAGGAGUUUAUUUGUCAGCGUCUCAUGCAAGGCUAUCAAAUUAUUGUGCAAUCCAAACCACAGAAACCAGCCACAACUGUGCCACCCCCGCUCAGCAGCAGUCCCCUUUACAGUCGAGGUCUUGUAUCAAGAAAUCGACCUGAGGAAGAAGAUCAGUAUUGGCUGAGUAUGGGCCGUACUUUCCACAAAGUAACAUUAAAAGACAAAAUAAUUACUGUGACUCGAUACCUGCCAAAGUAUCCAUACGAAUCUGCUCAGAUAAACUACACUUACAGCUUGUGCCCCUCACACUCUGACUCUGAAUUUGUCUCUUGCUGGGUAGAAUUUUCCCAUGAGAGACUAGAAGAGUACAAGUGGAAUUACUUGGAUCAGUAUAUCUGCUCUGCUGGCUCUGAGGAUUUCAGCCUUAUUGAGUCACUGAAGUUUUGGAGGACCCGCUUUCUGCUUCUGCCUGCCUGCAUCAGUGCCACAAAGCGCAUUAUGGAAGGAGAAGUGCACUGUGAUGUGUACGGUGACAAGCCCCGGUCUGAUGAGGAGGAGUGGCAGCUCCUGGAUGGAUUCAUUCGCUUUGUGGAGGGUUUGAACCGCAUUCGUCGACGCCAUCGAUCUGAUCGAAUGAUUCGAAAAGGGUCUGCCAUGAAAGGCUUGCAGAUUGCUGGUCCAAUUCCCACCCACUCUCUGGAGCAGCCCGGGCCUCCCAUUGGGAAGAAGGGAACCUCGGCACUCUCAGCUCUGCUGCAGAUGGAAGCCAGUCAGAAGACACUGGGGGAGCAACAAGCAGCAAUGCUUUCUGGGAAGAGCACUGGGCAGCCUUCGGAGAGUGGGAGCAUUGCUAUCACACCCACCUUUAUGGACAGCCCUCGUAAGGAUGGGGCCUUCUUUAUGGAUUUUGUUCGCAGCCCACGCACAGCUUCAACCUUCUACUCGCAGGUCUCUAUAGAUCAAUCAGUUCCUGCAACCUCAGAUGGCAGCGCACUGAUAAAUACGGGGCAGUUACCUGAUAGGGGCAGCACACAGCCCUUGGGAAGCUCCCAGAAUGUCACAGACCAAGGAUAUACCACAGCUGGUGCUGCAGAGGGCGGCUCUCAGCAGUGUUCAGCAAGCACUCUGACUUCCUCCUCCACCUUGAUAGAGAUUCUUGAAGCCAUGAAACACCCCACCACAGGGAUCCAGCUUCUCUCUGAACAGAAGGGCCUCUCUCCGUACUGUUUCAUCAGCGCGGAAGUUGUCCACUGGCUGGUGAAUAACGUGGAAGGUGUGCAGACGCAAGCCAUGGCCAUUGACAUAAUGCAGAAAAUGCUAGAAGAGCAGCUUAUUGUCCAUGCAUCUGGAGAAGCUUUACGAACCUUUAUUUAUGGCUUUUAUUUUUACAAGAUUGUUGUGGACAAAGAACCAGACCGAGUGGGCAUGCAGCAGCCUGCUAUGUGGCACACAGCUGCUAUGGAUGACUUCUCCGCCUUCCAGAGGAAAUGGUUUGAGGUGGCGUUUGUGGCAGAAGAGCUACUGCACUCGGAAAUCCCAGCGUUUUUCCUGCCCUGGCUGCCCAGCCGCCCAGCCUCCUAUGCAAGUAGGCACAGUUCCUUUAGCCGCAGUUUCGGAGGACGGAGCCAGGCAGCUGCACUAUUAGCUGCCACAGUGCCUGAGCAGCGGACAGUGACGCUGGAUGUGGAUGUGAAUAACCGCACUGACCGUUUGGAGUGGUGCAGUUGUUAUUACCACGGCAAUUUCUCCCUCAAUGCUGCCUUUGAAAUCAAGUUACACUGGAUGGCAGUGACUGCAGCUGUUCUUUUUGAGAUGGUUCAGGGUUGGCAUCGGAAAGCCACGUCCUGUGGUUUCUUGCUAGUUCCAGUCUUGGAAGGCCCGUUUGCGUUGCCCAGUUACUUAUACGGAGACCCACUUCGAGCUCAGUUGUUCAUCCCACUCAAUGUUAGCUGCUUGUUGAAGGAGGGUAGUGAGCAUUUGUUUGAUGGCUUUGAACCAGAAACAUACUGGGACCGUAUGCAUCUCCUCCAGGAAGCAAUAGCAUACAGAUUUGGAUUUGUGCAAGAUAAAUACUCAGCCUCUGCAUUCAACUUCCCAGCUGAGAACAAGCCCCAGUAUAUCCAUGUCACAGGGACAGUGUUUUUGCAGCUACCAUAUUCCAAACGGAAAUUUUCUUGUGGGCAGCAGCGACGCCGGCGCAACUCCACCAGCUCCACCAACCAGAACAUGUUUUGUGAAGAGCGCAUUGGGUACAACUGGGCCUACAACACCAUGCUGACGAAAACGUGGCGGUCCAGCGCCACUGGGGAUGAGAAGUUUGCUGAUCGGUUGCUGAAAGACUUUACAGACUUCUGUUGGAACAAAGAUAGCCGGCUUGUCUUGUUCUGGAGUGACUGUCUAGAUAAGAUGCAUGCUAGUGCUCCGUGAGAUAGGGUUGUGUCUCUGAGGGAGACAGCUAGAAGUUUUACCCUGGGGCAAGAAACUAGAGGUGAAGGAUGACUGGAAAAGAGCCUCUGUUGGAUUCAUCUUGAGGCUCCAGGGGGACCUGACCAAUGUUGCUGUUGAUAUUCAACAAAAUUUGAUUAAGCCCUUGGAAAAAGAAUCUGAGCUCUUUGGCUUGCCAAUAUCUGUCACCUGACCUCAGCAUGGUUUCUAGUAUCUGCAGUCCUUGAUUGCCAAAACUUCAGUUAGAGCAGAGGUAAAGGAGGGAGUGCGCAAAUAGUUUUCAAGGGCGGUUAGAUGCAGCACAGUGCGAUGGCAGCAGCUUACUGUCACUGGAAAUGACCAGUGCCAUUUGCAUCUGAUGUGCCUGACGGCAGCCUGCCUCUUUCCUUUUGAGGUGUACCUGGUUGUGUGAAUAUGUAAGAUAAAAUGUGAGACACUUGUUAAAUUUCAUACAUGUAAAUAAGUAAAAAUGCAGCAAAUUAAGAGACCUGAUGUUUUGUUGUAACUCCAGACAGCAAUACAGAAUUGGGGAGUAAAGGAGAGUAAUUGCCAAAAGGAAAUACCGCUUCUUAUGUCUAGCAUGAUAAUGAAAUGCUCAAAGUUCAGUGGUGGAGCUUUGUCCUUUAAGCAUCCAGGACUUUCUGUCUCCAGCUCUGGUUCUAGAACAGUGUCAUACAGUAGGAGCAAGAAGCCAGUUACCAUCCUGCGAGGCCAGCAUCCAAGCUGAAGGAGAAAUCAAGGGCAACCGAACACAAGAUGCCGCUGGGUGGAGGAACAAGGGGGAUUAUGAGCAGAUUUUUAGGCUAUGUCUGCAUGCAGCAAAGCGAAAAUGCCUGCACUCAAGUAUUUACUCUUUGUCUUUGCAGAGAAAGUUUGCGUAUGGCACGUGGACUUGGUGUGAGCUGGGUAUUUAAG